AUGCCCGAGGUCAUCGACCUUCUCUCCUCCACGCCUCCUCACCCACAAGACCGACCCCCUCAGCCCUCCCGCCGACCACCAGCAGCAGCGCCAUCUCCUCUCCCUCCUCCCCCUCCGUCACUCCCCGCUCCCACUCCGACCAUCAAUGCCCGCUCGCACUUCAUCCUCUCCUCCGACUUCGACACCUCCCCGAUCGCAUUCACAGAUGACGUCGACACGAACAUCGAUGCGGCGAACCCAUCAAAACGAAGACGUCUAAGCCAGGACUCGAACCCCGGCGACGGGAGUCCCAAGCCUACAUCCCGAUCUCCCCGACAGAGCAGCCCGUUCGCCCCGCCGCCUCCUCGUCCUCGUCGUUCUCCUCCUCCUUCUGAUCCCUCUCGCAAUCGGCUCUUCUUAUUCUCAGAUGAAGAUUUCCUUCCGUCCCUCCCGGCCCUGUCUUCGGAGGGUCCGGGCCCAGAACAAGACCUAGAUAUAGAUCCAGGCCCCGCGCCGAGGACGAAUCGACCCAUUAUAGAUCUUCCAGCGUGGAAUGGCGAGUCGGAUCCGAUUGUUUUUACGUCUUCGGCGCCAGAUAAUGCGAGGGAUAGGGCACGGGUGACGGGGACGAGGACGGGGACUAUGACGGAAACCGUGACGAUUGACGAUGAUGAUGACGACGAUGACGAUUAUGCUGCUACUGCUGCUGCUGCUGCUGCUGCUGGUGGUGGUGGUGGUGGUGGUGGCCGCGACAAUAGCAAUGCGCCUUUCUACCGAGACCGACGACUGGAACAAGAUGAUAUCGAGCCGUUUAGCGAUGAACUAGCGAUCCCGGAUUUGAAUGAGUUAUUGGCGAUGACGACGACGACAACCACGGCGGGAUCAUCGCGGGACGUUACGUAUAACGAACGAGGUCCGAAUUUAUCGAGUAGGACGGCGAAUCUCCUGGCGAGUUUGGAGACUCGGUCGAAGACGGAGAAGUCGAAUCCGGCAACAACGCGGGCAGGACAACAAGGCCGGGGGGGUGUGGUCGAGGCGGAUGAGAUCAUGGAUGAAGUGGCUGAGCCGCGGAGACCAGGACGGAAGAAGGCGGCGACCUCGACGACGAAACUUACCAGUGAGGAGAAAGAUGCGCGCGCGCGAGAGCGAGAGACCGCAAAGGCGCAGCGCGAACAGGAUCGACAGCAAGAGAAAGAGCGCAAGCAGAGACUCAAAGAGGCAAAGGCCCGCGACAAGCAGCUUGCGGCGGAUAUCGCGCAGGUCAAUAAACUGAAGGUCGAUAAGAAGGAGUCCACGCCGGAGAUGAUCGUCGAUCUGGCGUCGAGUCUAGAGGGGACGAGUGUGGGCAAUCAGACGGCGGAGUUCAUGAGCAAGCUUGGUGUUGAAUUGACCUUUUUAACGAGCGUCAUGCCGAAUGUUGUGCGCUGGAGACGAAAGGUAAAGGCAAGGUAUAACGAUGCUGCGGGCCACUGGGAGCCGUGUGCAUUUCACAUUCGUCAGGAAGAUCAGGUACUUGUUCUUUUGACGGCGCAGGAAUUUGUUGACAUGGUUAUCGCAUCACCUGCAUCGCAGUCUUCCGCGUCAACCGACCCACCGGUAGCAACAGCAAUCACUCUAGAACAACACGUUCAACAGCUCAAAAGCGCCUACCCCGGCUGCAAACCCAUCUACCUAAUCGAAGGUCUCACCAGUUGGAUGCGCAAGAACCAGAAUUCCCGCAACAGAGCCUACGUCGCCGAAGUGCGUCGUCAAAUGGAGCAGGAGACGGCUUCUCAGCAACCCUCCUCUCAGGCCCCCUCUCGAGGCCGGAAAAGAGCAGCAAAUAAACCCGAAACCACGCCCCCGGUCGACGACGACACCGUGGAAGACGCCCUCCUCCAACUCCAAGUCACCCACUCCUGUCUAAUCCACCACACCGCCGCCCCCGCGGAAUCCGCUGAGUGGAUCAAGAACUUCACAGAGCACGUCUCCACCGUCCCGUACCGACACGAGAUGAUGGAGGGCCGCGACGCUGCAUUCUGUAUGGACACGGGGCAGGUGAAGCCGGGGGAUACCAAAUCCGAUACCUACGUCAAGAUGCUGCAGGAAGUUCAUCGCGUCACUGCUCCAAUGGCGUAUGGCAUUGAAGUCCGGUAUCCGAGUGUUGUGGAUCUAGUGCAGGGUAUGAGAAGAGGUGGUCCUGGUUUGUUGGAGGAUGUGAAGAAAUCAGCCAACAAGAACGGCGCUCUCACCGAUUCCCGCAUCGGUCCGGCGGCGAGUAAACGAUUGUAUAAAGUUUUUAUGGGACUUGAUUCUUCGUCGACGGAUAUCUGA